AUGCAGUUGCUAGAUGAAGAGGAGAAAUUGGAGCCCCUGUCGCCGCCACCAGCGCCACACACGCCGCCACACGUACGUUUAUUGCAAUUCACACGUACAAGACGAAGAGAUGACAAUAUCGUGGAUCAAGUUGACGAGGUUUUGACACCGCAGUCUCCUCCUAUUCCUCACGCUCAUCCGCUACAAUCAUUAAGCGACGAUAGUGCAUACAAUAUUAACUUACGACAGGAUAAAGGAGGGAUGGCGAUUCAAAGUAGCCAGAAGUUACUACGUUAUGGAUCAGUUUGUAGCAGUGAGCGACCAAAUCCGACGUUGAAGAGCCGUGAAGAGAGGAAGGUAUUGACAAAGGAAUCUCAGGAGAGCGACGAGUCUAUUGCAGUUGUGGAGACGGAGCAUUCCAAUGAUGCCAUUGCAAUGGAACUAGAGCUACAGGAUAAAGAGAUGGAAAGGAUGUCAGUGCUAGUACAGCUGAAUGAACGCGAGAGAGCCAUUGCUGCGACGAAAGCUAGUGCGAGACGCCACGAAUUAUUGCAAAUUGCUCGCCAAGAGGCGCGUGAGAGCAGGUGGAGAGACCCAAAUUAUCAAGGACUGAGCAAUGGAGUAAAUGAAAGUGCAUUGGCACGUGCUAGUGAGAGGAAAGUGGGGAAGCAAUUAGAUACCAAGUGGGUGCAGACGCGACAGGAUCCGUCUAAUCGUCCUAAGGGACCGCUGGAACGACCAGAUGAGCGGGAGUUGAGAGAAAGGUUGUUUUGCACUACAGCAAGUGACCUGAUACAAUCAGGUGUGCUGUUUGAUGAAAGUGACGCAGCACGAAAUGCGACAUUUGGACCGAUGAGUAUGACUCGACUGCCUGUAAGAUCGAGUGGGAUUGUGGGAUUGGUGGGAUGCUGUUUUGAAAAGUAUGACAACGAAUUCUGA